GUUCAGCAAGAACUCUGUUCAUCCCGGACCCUUGCGACAGGGGAAGCUGCCCACAGCAGUGACGUCGUGCAGCGGUCGGCUGCUCCUGUUGGUCGGUGCGCUGUGGGCAGUGCCUGCCGCUCGCCCGCUGGCCAACUAUCGUUAUCGCUAGCGCUGUUAUCCGCUGUAGCUUAGGGGCCUGGACAAUGGCGCCGCCGCCCCGGAACGAGCCAGUGCGGCCACCGCCAGCUCCGCGGCUCUUCUCCGGUCUGUCCCACGCGUCCAAGCGCUCUUUCCGGUCGCACUCGUCUUCGUUCGAGGCCGACGACGAGCGAUCCAGCACUGCGUCGCUGGGUGAUCUGGGCAUGAUGAGUCGCAGCCGCAGCGGAAGCAGGAGCAGGAGCAGGAGCAACAGUGGCGGCAGCUUUGGCGUCGCCGUGGUGCCCGCUCGCUAUCCCGGCGAAGACAUCCGUCCCACCAGCCCCAAGGAGCUCGCCGGGUGGUAUGCAUAUGCCUUCGCGGCUGAGGUCUAUGUCAUCUGUGGAAUCAGCUCUUUCAUCCCAAUCCUGCUCGAGAGCUUAGCCAGGGAAAAUGGCGUCCUCCUUUCCGACCGAAAGACGCCCUGCGGCCUCAGCUCCGACAAGAACUCCUACGAUGGCGGGCAGUGCAUCGUCUACGUCCUGGGCAUGGAGAUCAACACGGCCAGCUUCGCCAUGUACACGUUCAGCGUGAGCGUGCUGCUGCAGGCGCUGCUGGUGGUCAGCAUCAGCUGUGCGGCCGACCAUGGCAACUACCGAAAGAAGCUGCUGCUGGCCUUCGCGUGGAUCGGAAGCUCCAGCGUGAUGCUCUACAUCGUCGUGUCGAAGAGCACCUACCUCUUCGGUGCGCUGCUCGCCAUUAUUUCCAAUACCACCUUUGGUGCGUCGUUCGUGCUGCUCAACUCGUUCUUGCCGCUCCUCGUCCGCCACCACCCGGAGAUCAGCGAGCAAGAGGCAGAGGCUGCCGCUGGCUUCGUCACCUCCAACGGCCAGGCCCUGCGCCGCCAUGGCGAUGCGGAGCCCGAGGGGCAACUGGCCGACUCGACGGCGGCGUUGCUGCCCAGGAGCCCGCUAGAAGAUGGCCACGCCAUGUCCCGGGUGCAGACGCGGGAGGAGCUGACCUCCCAGGAGCUGAGCUUGUCUACCCAGAUCUCCGCCAGGGGCAUCGGCAUCGGAUACAUCGCCGGGUUGUUUGUGCAAUGCAUGGCCAUCUUCAUCCUGAUCCGCAUGAAGAAUACAACAUGGUCGCAGCGGGUUGUCCUGUUUGCCAUUGGAGCCUGGUGGGCCGUGUUCACCAUCCCGGCGGCCAUGUGGCUCCGUCCGCGACCUGGGCCGCCGCUGCCCGCAUCGCCCGGUGAUACGGGGCUGCGUGCCUGGAUCUCGUAUACCGUCUACGCCUGGAAGUCGCUGUUCCGCACUGUCCAGUUGGCGAGGCGGUUGAUCGACAUUGUGCUAUUCCUCGGCGGUUGGUUUUUGCUUUCCGACGCGAUCGCGACGACCUCCUCGACGGCGAUCCUCUUCGCCAAGACGCAGCUGCACAUGGAGCCGUGGGCGCUGGGCAUGAUCAACGUGAUCUCCACGACGGCGGGCAUCGCCGGCGCCUUCUCGUGGUCCUACAUUUCGCGUCGCUUCCGGCUGCAGGCGCACCAGACCAUCCUCGCCUGCAUCGCCCUCUUCGAGCUCAUCCCGCUCUACGGCCUUCUGGGAUACCUGCCCUUCGUCAAGAGCUGGGGCGUCUUUGGACUGCAGCAGCCGUGGGAGAUGUACCCGCUGGCGGCUGUCUACGGGUUCGUGCUCGGCGGCCUGAGCGGCUACUGCCGGUCGCUGUACGGCGAGCUGAUCCCGCCGGGAUCCGAGGCCGCCUUCUACGCGCUGUACGCCAUCACCGACAAGGGGUCCAGCGUGUUUGGGCCGGCCAUUGUCGGGGCCAUCAUCGACGCAUCUGGGGAGAUCCGGCCGGCGUUCUGGUUCCUCGCUGCACUGGUGGGGCUUCCUGCGCCGCUGAUCUGGUGCAUAGAUGUCGAGCGCGGCAGGAGCGAGGGCGAGAAGCUGGCUGAGGUCAUUGAGGGGUUCAAGCUGACGCAGGGCGGGAGCGCUUCGGAGAGGGACAGUGACGAGGAGAGCCGGGCGAUCCUGGACGCCUACGACGAGGAGACGGAUCGGUGAUGGGGCCGGGCACAGUUGUUUGUCCUGGUUCUUUUUCGGGUGGCCUAAUUUGGUCAUUCAGCUCUUCUUGUUGUUGUUGUCUUGCAUAGCGCCGGCGUUCGUCGUUGUUUCGGUGUGUUGGUUUCAAGGAUCUGCUGCGGGCAAC